AUGGUUCGUGCUUCAUUAUUACCAUUAUUUAAUAAUAUUGCUGAAGAUCUUAAUCAAACUGUACAAAAUCUCGAACAAAGACGUUAUAGUAAUAUAAAAGGAACAUUACAACGUGGAACAACUAGUCUAGCUUAUAUACAUAUGGUUCUUUUACCUGUACUUUCAUCAUUACUUGAUCAUUUGGGAAAGAAUAAUUAUGGUGUAGAUGUAUUCGAAAAUGAAAUUCAAUUGGCUGGUUAUAAAAUUCUAAAUGCUUUAUGGAUUAUGGGAACAAAAGGAAGACAAUUUGUCGAUCGAGAAUGGAUUAUUGAUGAAUUAAAUCGUCAUCGUCCAUUAGUAGGUGAUUGUCUAAGUUCAUUUGCAUCAUGUUUUCCUGUAGCAUUUUUUGAACCUGAAUUCAAUGGAAAUAAUAAAAAUGCAUCAAAUGUUUCACAAUUAUCACCAGAAGCUCAUGAUGUUAUGACAAAUAUUUCAAGAACAAUUCCUAAUUUAAAAAAAUUAAUAGCAGAUAUUGAAGAACAUGCUGAUUCACAAGUAAAAUAUGAAGAUGCUCCUUAUGUUGUUGAAGUUAUUCUUCCAUGUCUUUGUUCCUAUUUAUCAUAUUGGUGGUCAAUGGGACCAGAAAAAGUUAAACAAAUAACUGAACCACAAAUAACAAAUGUUACAGCAAAUCAUAUGAAUUCUGUAUUAGGUAGUGUUUUAAAAUUAAUUAAUAACAAUAUUGAUGCUAUUGAAGCUCCAUGGAUGAAACGUAUUGCAGAUGUCUUUGCCAUUUNUACAUCAUUAACAACAUUAAUGACUAAUUUUAGUGUACUUGAUCUUGAUACAUUUGAACGUUGUAUUAAAGCUGAAGUACUUGGAAUCAUUAAUGGAUUUUUAUUGACCUUAUUCCAGCCAAGAAACAGUUUAUGCAAGGGAAAAGAUAAUCUUUUUCGAGCUAUUAAUGUAGCUAAACAAGUUUUUAAUACAUUAACUGAAUAUAUUCAGAAUUCAUCACAAAUUGAACUAUUACGUGAAUUUAUGAAAUUACAAAAAGAUAUGGUUGGUAAACAAAUGGUUAAUACAUUAAUUGAAUCUCAAGUUAAUGUUGAAUUAUUAUCGCAGUUUUUUUAUAUAUUUUUUAAAAUAAAAGAUUUAACAACAUCUAAAGCUUUUCAAGAAUAUGAUACAAAUAAAGAUGGAUUUAUUUCUCCAAAAAAAUUUCGUCGUGCUAUUCAAGAUAUAGAUUAUAUAUUAGAUUGUGUUGAUAUAAAUCAAGAUGGAAAAAUUGAUUUUCUGGAAUUUACCGAACGUUUUCAUAGUUCAGCUCGAGAUAUUGGUCUUAAUAUGGGAUGGAAUAAAUCACAUAUUAAAGAAUCGAAAAAAGCAUUUUUACACUUAGUUGUCAAUGAAACAGAUGAUAAAGAAAAAUUAGAACAAUUUAUUAAAUUUUUUGAAGAUACUAUUUUUGAAAUGCAUCAUGCAAUUGCUAUUACUGAUGAAGAAGAUGAUCAAAUACAUCGAACAGUGAAAUCUUCAACUAUUGAACCAAAUAUUUUUCAUAAAAUUUUAUGGACUAAUAAUAAAAAUUAUAAAAUAUUAAUAAAAAUAAGAACAGCUAUAUGA